UGGAGCAGUGACAGCAAGGCACUACCCACUGGACUUUGGGUUUCCACAACGGCAAUCACCUCCCCAUAAGAUAUAAAUACAGAUGUGAAACAGCCACCUUCACACUUGUUCUUCAGACAGGACAGCGUCAAUCAAAACACACGGACACAGACCCAAAUUAAAGACCAUGAAGGUUUUUGUGGUGUUCGCACUUGCUGUAUUUACAGGUUGCCAGGCCAACCUCUUCUAUGCUGAUGAGCCCAAGCCACAGCUGGAGCAGCUGACAGAUGCAUUCUGGAGCUAUGUUGCGAAGGCAACACAAACAGCAGAGGAAACCGUCAAGAUGAUCAGGUCUUCCCAACUGGGACAGGAAGUCAAUACCAAACUGACCCAGGGUGCUGAUAUGGCCAGCGAAUACGCCGUCACCAUCAAGAAGCAGAUGGAUCCUCUGACUGAAGAGCUAAUGACCAAAAUCACCAAGGAAACUGAAGUGUUGAGGGAGCGUCUGGGCCAGGACCUGAUCGGCGUGAGAGACAAACUGGAGCCCUACGCUGACAACUUGAAAAGCCAGAUCCAGCAGAGAGUGGAGGAGCUCAGGACGGCCAUGGCUCCAUAUGCUGACAACCUGGACUCUGAGACCCUGAAGGCCACUCUGCUCCAGAAGAGCGAGGAGCUGAAAGGAAACCUGGAGCAGAGCGUGAAGGAGCUGCAGGCUCAGCUGGAGCCCUACACUGCUGAGAUCAAGGAGAAAGUGGAUCAACAUCUGCAGGAGUUCCAGAAGACCGUGACGCCUCUGACUGAGGACCUCCAGAUUCAGAUUAGAGAGAGAGCCCAGAUGGUCCAGCAGAGUCUCACACCCUACGCUGAAGACCUGAAGGAGAAACUGGAUCCCUACGCUCAGGACCUGCAGGCCCAGCUCACCUCCCUGUACGAGUCCUUCGUCAAGAGAAAUUAGAUGCUACCAACAGACUUUUGCCAACUGCUGCUAAUGUAAUUAGAUACUAGAUUCUGUUAAAUGUGAAAAUAUGUUCUUCACUGUCUGUGGUUAACACUAACAACUGCUGCAGACCUUACAGUGACCUGAUGGAAAGUAUUUAUUCAUGCCAAUGUAACAAAACACAAAGGUCCAAUCAUGUGCAUCUACAUUGAUUUUUAUGUGAUGUUUGAAACAUUUUAAUUUAAAUUAAAUAAAUAUUUUGUCAAAGGAAA